UCCACCACAACCACUGAGAAGUAAGAAGCAACAAUACAUUGUUGAAUAAACCUUGCUCGAUCAGAAAACAACUUAAUUCUGUUUUCCUUGAUUAUUCGUUAAAGAUGGCCUCAUCAUCAUCUAAAUCUGAUCUGGUGUUUGCAGUGCGAAGGUGUGAACCAGAGCUGGUUGGUCCAGCGGAAGCGACCCCUCGUGAAGUGAAACUUCUUUCAGAUAUUGAUGACCAAGAUGGCCUACGGUUCCAAAUUCCAGUGGUACAGUUCUAUCACUAUGAUCCAUCAAUGGCAGGAAAGGACCCUGUUGAGGCCAUCAGAAAAGCAUUGGCCAAAACACUUGUGUUUUACUAUCCUUUUGCAGGUAGGCUCAGGGAAGGGCCUGGUAGGAAACUGAUGGUGGAUUGCACGGGUGAGGGUGUUUUGUUCAUUGAGGCUGAUGCUGAUGUCACUCUUAACCAAUUAGGUGAUAAUCUUCAAACUCCCUUCCCAUGCAUGGACGAGCUCCUUUAUGAAGUUCCUGGUUCGGAGGAAAUGCUUAACACACCCUUGUUGCUCAUACAAGUUACGCGGCUCAAGUGUGGUGGUUUCAUUUUCGCUAUCCGAUUAAACCACACCAUGUGUGAUGCGGUUGGUUUGGUUCAAUUUUUGAGUGCCAUUGGAGAAAUGGCUCGUGGGAUGCGCCAACCUUCAGUCCUACCUGUGUGGUGUAGAGAGAUUCUAAGUGCAAGGGAUCCACCAAGAGUGACAUGCACUCAUCCUGAAUACGAUGAACAAGUACCUUACACCAAGGAAACCACCAUCCCCCUAGAUGACAUGGUCCACGAGUCUUUCUUCUUUGGUCCCACUGAGCUAGCUACAAUUCGUAGUUUCCUUCCUUCCCAUCAACUUCGCUGCACAAAUUUUGAAGUUCUCACUGCAUUUGUUUGGCGUUGCCGCACGAUAGCAUUGCAACCGAACAGUGAUGAAGAGGUUCGCAUACUCUGCAUUGUUAAUGCACGUGCCAAGCUUGACUCUCCGUUACCAACUGGUUAUUAUGGCAACGCCUUUGCAUUUUCUCCCGCGAUUACAACAGCUGGGAGGCUAUGUGAAAAUCCAUUGGGAUAUGCAGUAGAGUUAGUGAAGAAGGCAAAAGCUAAUAUCACAAGGGAGUAUAUGCAUUCAUUAGCAGAUUUAAUGGCCAUUAAGGGACGACCACACUUCUCUAUGGAAAGAUCAUUUCUUGUUUCAGAUUUGAAACUUGCAGGGUUCAGGCGGGUAGACUUUGGGUGGGGUAAUGCUAUUUAUGGAGGUCUAUCCAAGGGAGGAAUUGGGCCCAUACCUAGUUUAGCAAGCUUUAAUGUUCCCUUCAAAAAUGAUAAAGGUGAGGAAGGUUUACUGACACCAAUUUGUUUACCAGCUAAAGCCAUGGAGAGGUUCAUAAAAGAGCUGGAUAAUGUUCUGAAGAACCAUAACCAACCUACUAGGGGUGGUCUAAACCCUACCUUUAUCGUUUCUUCAUUAUAGUUUCAUGAAAAUUCGAAUUUGCUUUUAUACCAAAAGCAAGUCGAAAAUUCUUGUUGUGAGUAUAGAGUGCUGUGCUGUUUUCUGUUGCUCAUGUGUUUAGGGGACAAAAUUAAUAUUCGAAUAUUUUGGUCAAACAAGGUUCUAAUAGAAAGUUUGAUUUACAAUUUCUGAGCUAGAUUCUUGUAUUUACCCAUUUGAGACAGUUGUUCUCGAUCAAGAAUAUUUUUAUA